CUCUUUCUAUCCUUUCUUUCAUUCUCUCCUUCCUUUCGAUCUUUCUACUUUUUUAUCGCUCUACUUCAGUCUGCACCUAGGCAGUGCCUGUGACUACCCCCAGGACCCAGUCCAUAAUACAUGCACCGGAUUCACUCGUGGGCGAAAGCUCACGCGUUCGAUGGCAGUCUACCCUCGCAAGAACCCAGCAAGGAAGCCGCUGAGGAACCCCCGGAUAUACAGCCUUCCGCCCCUACUCAAAAUGCCCAAGUGACUCCUCCCAAAGAGACCCCGGCCGCGGAGUCGGGGUCGAGUACGGAAAACAAAACCGAAGAACAAAAGCCUGGCCUAUUGGUCCGCGCCAAACAUGGCUCGGUCCGUUUCUGCAAGCACACCAAGACAGCCCUCUUUCACAGCUGGGUCAAUGUCCUCUUGGUCUUCGUACCAAUUGGUAUUGCCGUCGAGGCUGUCGGCUUGGAUCCUGCCAUCAUCUUUGCCAUGAACGCAGUGGCCAUCAUCCCUCUGGCUGGCUUGUUGAGUCAUGCUACAGAGUGUGUUGCAAUGCGCCUGGGAGAUACCAUCGGUGCACUCAUCAACGUCACCUUUGGAAAUGCAGUCGAGUUGAUCAUUUUCAUUAUUGCUCUGGUUAAGAAUGAAAUCCGCAUCGUUCAGGCCUCACUGCUCGGCUCGAUUCUGGCAAAUCUACUCCUGAUUAUGGGAAUGGCCUUUCUCCUGGGAGGUCUCCGUUUCCAAGAACAGAUCUACAACAGCACCGUCACUCAAAUGAGCGCCUGUCUCCUCAGUUUGAGUGUCAUGAGUUUGCUCCUUCCGACCGCAUUCCAUGCCUCAUGGUCCAACGGUGCAAUCGCUGAUAUAUACACCCUCAAAGUCAGCCGCGGAACGAGUGUCGUCUUGUUGCUGGUGUACAUUCUCUACAUCAUCUUCCAGCUCAAGUCCCAUUCGUACCUUUACGCCAGUAUCCCUCAACAGAUCAUCGACGAAGAAUCUCACCCUGGUAUCUUGGCUGAGUUGAUGAAUUCUUCCGAUUCCUCCAGCAGCUCCUCUAGUGACUCUGACGACACCACAACAUCCUGGACCACCGCCAAACGUAUCAAGAAGGCUAUGAAAUCCAGAAGACAUCGCAAGUCCAGCGUUAGUUCCAAGGGCACCGCCACACGGCGGUCGAUUCACCAAAAGCUGACCGAACUGCCUCGCCCUGCAACCGCUGACAGAUCCAAUUCGGCCCUGGGCUCCAUGGAUGAUUCCGCUUCGUGUGCCGUCGAAUUUGGCGAUGACAUGCGAUACGACGCGGACGACGAUGUCAGACGACUGCAGAUGCCCCGUUCUCGAGACUUCGGACAACAGCCAUCCAGCGUCAACGUGAAGCCCGCCAAGGAGGAUCGGAAGGCCAGAAAGGAGCAGAAGAGGCGACAUAAAUCAGAAGUCAUGGCUGAGAAGCAAGACGCAGUGGUUGACAGCGCUUCCAUGCCAAACCGACCUUCCCUACAGUCGCACUUGUCGGAACCCAAUGUCGUUCGCGAAGAUCUUGGCCCCGUUGACGACAUUCCGAAGAGAAAAUCGCCUUUUAGACCGGUUAUGCCGUCAUUGCUUUCCAAUACCGUGUUUUCAAGCGGACAGCCACAACCGGCUGCUGCUCAACCGGCUCCUAAUGCACACGGUCUCCGACGCGCCAAUUCUCUUCCAGGUCGGAUAAACCGCCCACCCCCGGUUGGCAAUGCUGUGCAGUACGCCCGUGGGGCUUCCCGCUUUCCUAACCCUAACGACGAAGAUCCAGUCGCUGUCCAGGCUGCACCAUCGACCGUGCAGCCUGAAAUGUCCCGUACCGCCGCCGUGGUCAUGUUGCUCAUUUCCACUGCUCUUGUGGCGGUCUGCGCUGAGUUCCUGGUUGACGCUAUUCCAACGAUGGUCGAAAGCUCCAACGUCAGCGAGGCCUUUAUUGGUUUGAUCAUUCUUCCCAUUGUGGGUAACGCUGCAGAGCACGUUACCGCCGUCAGUGUGGCUACGAAGAACAAGAUGGAUUUGUCGAUUGGUGUGUCUGUCGGAAGUAGUAUCCAAAUUGCUAUUUUCGUCACUCCAUUGGUCGUUAUCCUCGGCUGGUGUAUGGACAAGGACAUGUCUUUGUACUUUACGCUGUUCGAGACCAUCUGUCUGUUUGUGACAGCCUUUGUUGUCAACUUCUUGGUUCUCGACGGUCGCAGUAACUAUCUCGAGGGCGCACUUCUCAUAGCGGCCUAUGUGAUCAUUGCAGUCGCUACCUUCUUCUACCCGGAUAGUGCACAGUCCAGCGAUUUUGCAGGUCCUGGCCAGUAAAUUCGGAUGUGCGAAUGGGUGGAUUAGGGUGGAAUGUUUGUAUGGUAGAUUGCUCUAUGGUUAUCCAGACUGAGAUUUUUUUUCUCAUUUCAUUUUCUUUUCGGGUAUCUUUUCUUUCGCCUGUUCUUUUUCUUCAUGCAACAAUUUGAAACUCUUGCUGCUAGUGCAGCCUUUUCAUGGCCUUUGGUUUUCUGUAUGCUUUAAGUUCAAUUAAUCGAUUGCCUUCGAUAAACUACCAUAACUUCUAUGUAGCUGUUCAGUUUGGUUCCACUUGCAUUGAGCAAGAUACAUAAUACUUCUCCUCGUCCUUCGGAAAGAUAGCGCAAUAACAUGGAAUCCUGU